CCAGAGAAAGACCACUCAUCACCAUGUUACCACAGGUUGAAGAUCUUAUGAAAGAGCUCGGUUGGGCUGAUGGAUUUUGCAUACCAGUAGCCAAUGAAGAGAACAAAGCUCUUGAAAAAGAGGUUGAAGAACAGUUACGAAAAAAAGCUGAAAAGAAAAUUGCCCUUGAAGAACUGCAGGAGCGUCUGGAAUCACUAAAAACUCGGGAUAAGCAUCUACUGGAAGAACUAAAACAACUUGAUGAGCUUGUAGCAGCAUAUGAAACACAAUGUAAUGCUGAAAAUGAAAUGAUAUUAUCCCUGGAAAGGGAGCACAGUAUCAUUCUGCAAGAAAAGCAAAACUGUAAGAAGAAGCUGAAUGAACUCAGAGACUCUCGACAUUCUUUAGAGAAUGAGAAACUUCAACUUAGAUCCAAAUUGAAGGGAUUGAAGGCAUCGGUUGAGUGGGGUGAAGAAGCUCUCCAGGCCUGGAAGGAAGAUUUGUCAAAAAACAGUGGUGAUGCAAAUUUAUUAGAAAAAUAUCAACUUGAAGAUGACUCUAAAUUCUGUGAGGUUGAAGUGAAGCGGCAGAAAUUGCUUUCUGAUGUAAUGCAAGCCCAAAAUACUCUAAAUCGCCUUGUCAGUGAAUUAAAAAUAUCUGAAAAUGAACUCUGUCACACAACAAAGAUGUUUCGUCAAGCCCAUGAAGAACGGAACAAGCUUCUUGAACAGUGGGGAGCUGCUGUGAAUUUCUUACAAGCUAGAGAUGACACAAUAAUGAAAACUUUGAUGGAGCUGCAAAAUCUCAAGAAAUCUGGCAGAGAGAAGUACAAGCAGCUUUUGCAAGAAAGGCAGUUUUAUGAAGAGCAGUUCAAAGAUAAUUCUGAAUUGUAUGCUUCAAUAACAGAAAAAUCCACAAAUUGCGAACAUCUACGAGAAGAAAAAUUAAGGAUCAAUGAAGUUCUCCAAGAAAUUUCUAGUCAGGUCCUCACAUCUCAGCGAGCAUUGGCAGAGUUGGAACAUGAGUUGGCUCGAGAGGAAAAAGAAGAGAAAAAAUUGAUGGAAGAGUGUGAUAUCAAAGAAGCAUCAGUUAAGUGUCUCACAGAAUCUAUCGAGGACUUAAAAAAUAAACUCAAAACUUUAAAAACUGAAACAACUGAAGCUCUUGAACGGAGUAGAAUCCCUCACAAAAUCUAUGAUGACAAAGUGAAAUCGUUAGAGCAAAUAUCUGUGAAACAGAAACGACUUCAUGACUCAAUGCAUAAGACCGAGUCUGAAUUAUCUGCCAUCAAAAAAGAGGGCGAACUUUGUUUCCAAGAAAUCCAGUUCUCUGAAGCUCAUUCAGCAGCACUUGACAAAAAGAUGAAAUCAAUAUCAAAAGAAAUUUUUCACCAGGAAGAGAUGUUGUACAACCAGAACUUGCAGCUGACUCAAAUCAACACUGAAAUUGCAUUUUUAGAAGGCAAACGAGAUUCAGAGUAUUUGGAAUCCUUGAAAAAAGAAAUUGAAAUGCUGGAAAUCGAUUUGAAGGAAAAAACUAAAGACCAUGAUUUUAUUCUUACCCAAGUUACUCAAAGUGAAGUCAAAGGCAGAUUCGAAUUGCUGAAAACGAGGUAAA